AUCUCUAUUUUCCAGCCCAGAGGAAUCCUGCUUCACCUCUUAUCAGGUCCCUUUGGUGACACACACAGAGCAGUUGUGGCCAUGUAAGGGACUAUGCUUUCACCAUGGCUUAUUAUAGGAAGGCAGAAGAUAACAUGGGCCAUACAUAAAACCCACCCCAGCAUCACACCUCGGCUGGGAGUCCACAUAGGAUCACACACAGACAUGGCAAGUAAGAAGGCCUCCAAUAAGAGACAGAGGGGACAGAAGUCCUGCUCCAAUGUCUUCUCCAUGUUCGAACAGUCGCAGAUUCAGGAGUUCAAGGAGGCUUUUGGCUGCAUUGACCAAGACAGAGACGGUGUUAUCAAAAAACAGGACCUGAGGGAGACUUACGGACAACUGGGAAAGCUUAAUGUCAAGGAUGAGGAGCUGGAUGAGAUGUUGAGUGAGGGGAAAGGUCCCAUCAACUUCACUGUGUUCCUGUCUCUGUUUGGGGAGAAACUCAACGGGACUGACCCUGAAGAAACCAUACUUGCUGCCUUCAAGCUUUUUGAUCCCAAUGGGACAGGCUUUGUCAAUAAGGACGAAUUUAGGCGAUUACUGAUGAACCAGGCUGAUAAAUUUACAGCAGAGGAGGUGGAUCAGGCCUUCGCUGUUGCUCCCAUCGAUCCAACUGGCAACAUCGACUACAAGUCGCUCUGCUACAUCAUCACACACGGAGAUGAGAAGGAAGAAUCCUAACAAGGAUUGUUGUCCAUGUAGUCGAGUCAUACAGGUCAUCUAAACACGCUGAUAUCGCUAGUUGUGUGGCAUGUCAUUAAAAUAUAGUAGUGACAGUUGAAAUAUCUGAUUUGUCUAACUUUCUUUUAGGGCAAAAUUGGCUGUAAUAAAUACUGUUAUUGUGUUUGUAUUGAACAUUGGCUCCCUUCUUUGCUUGCCGUUGAGAAUAAAGUGUUGGGCUCCUCAUUAGCCUCUUUGUUAAUUGCAAAUGCAUAUUUUAUUAAGCAACAGUGUACAGUAUAUAAAAUAAAAUGAAAAAAUCCAAUAUCGUAAAAGAAAAAUCUCAAAUCACACAAGCAAGCAGUCAGCAAAGAAAUGUCUGUUAAAGUCUUAUCUUUGUAAUUAUUUAAAAGAACAUAUUAAUCUCAACUAAACUCAUCAAGAAAUACAUAAUUUGGGGCAGUACUAUAAAAGUUAAGGAAAGAUCUGUAUAGAGAAGAGAUAUAAGGACAGGGUUAGAACCUACAACUCAAAUUUAGAUGAUUUUAAUAUUUUCAGUUCAUCUGAAGAAUAACUGGGUAAUACUUUACUUUAAGUCCCCUUAUCUAGUAUCUAUAAGACAUAUACAAACAUUUAAUAUGUGUUUUAUAACACAUAAUGUAGUAAUAAUGUAGUUGUUAGCAGAUAUAGGUGUUCAUGUAUAGUACCAGUCAAAAGUUUGGACACAUUUUCUCAUUCCAUUAAAUGAGAAAGUGUGUCCAAACUUUUGAAUGGUACAGUAUGUAUUUGUCAACAACUAUAACUCCUCCUGUGGGCAUCAAUUAAUGGAUGCUAGAGGAUAAACAGAUGACACAUGAAUGACUGUAUAGUAAAUCACAGUUUCAAUAAUAUAAGAUAAAUAUAAGUAAAUAACUACUGUAGGAUACAUUAAUAAUCACUUUAAAAGGUAAAUCUGCUUCUAUAUCUGUUUAUAACUACAUUAUAGUGUGUUAAAAAACAUGUAUUACAUGUUUGUAUAGCCUAGUGUUAUUGUGGGAAUUCUUGUUGUACUGUAAAUUGUAUUCCUCUGUAUAUUGAUGACGUUAUGACAACCAAUGAAUACCUUUCAGGACCAAGCGGAUAAAUUCAAAAAUGCAUGAAACUAAGAGGAAGGCUGUUUUUCUUGGUCAAUGAAAAGCUUUGAGAUACAAGAUUUUCGACAUACUGCUUGUAAAGGACAAUUCCUAAAUAUUCUGUGGUAAGGUAGAGUAAUUCAUGAGGCCCUCACUGCAGUUCCAUUCUUCUUGGACACUGUUGCCAUGGAUACAACAACAAACACCUACAUAAACUCUCACAGCCACAUUUUCCUGCUCACACAGCAAACAGCCAGUCAACAACAAGACAGCAAGGAGUGUGUGAAAUCCUGCAAGGCAAGCUCCACUUCCAGCACAUCUGCAACAGCAGAGUCGUAUCCAAAUGACUGUGAGUUUAUUUUUGAUAUCUGAAAUCUGCAGUUCCACUGGCAGUGAUGCCUAUUGCAUCUGGGGCAACAGGCAGGGUGGAUGCAGGAGUAGGUCUACAAUCAGGCACAACAUGGACAACAGACGAACUGAAGAGGAAGACCAAAUUCGCCAACAAGAAAUGUGACUCCUAUCUGCAGCGAUAUCAGGAACUCAAACAGAAAAAGAAAAACAUUAGGAACUUAUUACAGGGCACACAGGGCAACACAGAUCCAAGUCAUCAGGAGAGUGACGGGGCCAAAGAUGGGAGCCCGCACACGAAUGGAGACAGUGAGGAGAAAACUUCAGAAAAACCAUCCAGUGAAGAGGGACCUAAAAAGUCUCGGCUGUGCGUUCUCCUUUAAAGCCAUCACAACUCAUGAGGACAUUUAAUGAGCUUUCACACACACACAUUCAACAUUAUCAUGUAUUAUUUAAGUGCCAAA